AUGCCCAUGACGCCUUCCCUUUCCUCCGCAUGCACCACCCUCAUCUUUGCAGCAAAAUCAUUCUUCAGGCAGUGCUCCCGUCGUGUCAGUGAGGAGCCCAGUCUCGGACAUGUCGGAGAAGCAUCCGAAAUUCAGUAUGGAGCGGUUCAACACGGAGCAGGACAGUUACAUUCAUCUUUGAGCUGCGUUGAAGGUCGUGAGCAGGGCGAGAAGAGAAGCAUUUUUCGGCAUGUAGAUAUUAUUCAAGUCGUGAUUUCCAGCGAAAUCAACCCCGUGCUCAUGGUAGCAAAAUUCUGUCAAACCGCAAGCUUUCCAGACUUAGUUGUAAGCUGUACAAUUGAUUGGUAUGAUGUCGAUUAA